AUGUCUCCCACAUCCAUCGUAGCACCGCUCGCGCCUCGCAUCCCAGAUGGAUAUACAAAGGCGCACCAUGUUGGCUCUCCACCCACCUCAUUCAAGAACCCAUGGCCUUCGUACCAGAAAAACGGCAUCGGAACUGCCGUGCGCACGCGCUUCACUACGCCAAAGAAGUUUGUGCCUAUCCCCGAGGACCGCACCGGCCUCGUGCAGGUGCGCAAGCCGGACUUCAGCAGUGCGACCCAAGGCUUCAAGGUGACGUGGAUCGGGCACGCGAGUUUCCUGAUUGAAACAACAACGACAACGUCGGGAGGGCGGGGAAUGCGGAUCCUGCUUGACCCCGUCUGGAGCCAGCGCGUAGGGCCAUAUGGCAUGGUUGGGCCUCGACGCUUCACUCCACCGCCCUGCACCAUUGAUGAGCUGCCCGCCAUCGACGCCGUCUGCAUUAGCCACGACCACUACGACCACCUCGACUCGGACACGCUCAGCAAGCUCAAUGCAAAGCAGCACGGCGACUUGCGCUUUUUCUGCGGCCUGGGCGUCAAGGCUGUCCUCACCGGCCUCGGGAUAGGCAUCCAGGCCGACCAAGUCAGCGAACUGGACUGGUGGGACGGCGUAGCAUUAUCCACGCCAGACGCCGGGAGCGUCCAUCUCAUCUGCACGCCCGCACAACACCAGUCCGGCCGCGCGCCCUGGAACUUCGACAGCACGCUGUGGUGCAGCUGGGUCGUCCAGGAGCCUUUGCCGGCGGGAAAAAAGCUCUUCUUCGCAGGCGACACGGGAUACUGCUCUGUUACGUCAGACGACCACUACUCGCAUCACGAUGCGCCCCAUGCGCCGUGUCCCGCCUUCAAAGACAUAGGCUGCAUAUACGGCCCAUUCGACCUUGCCCUCGUGCCAAUUGGAUGCUUCAAGCCGCGCUCGGUGCUCGAUGUAAGGAGUAAAAAGAGUCUCGGGAUGCACUAUGGCACCUUUCGAGGCGCUUACUCGGCUAACUACGAGCCGGUUACCGAGCCGACUGAGCGAUGGCAGAAGGGUGCUGAGAUGCAGGGUUUGAAAUGGGGGGUGGAUGUCGGGCUGUGUGAUGUUGGAGAGACGGUUGUGGUUUAA